AUGACUGUGGCUGAAUAUGUAACCAAGUUUGAGGAGCUGGUGAGGUACUUUCCCUAUUAUCAAGGGAGAGAUGACAAAAGGGGCAUAUUCAGAGAUUGUCAAUAUCCUAAGAAGGAGCAGAAUGGUGGGGGUCUGAAUGACCAAACUGGACAUCCGAAGGCCACGGGAAAAGUCUUUAUCCUUAACGGUGUCGAAGCUUCGAAAUCCAAAUAUCUAAUCCAAGGGAAACUUAAGCUUUUUGUGUCUUCUUUAAAUAAGGAUUUGGUGGUAGAGACCCCAACUAGUGGUUCUGUGUUAACUUCUAAUGUGUGUUUGAAUUGUCCUGUGGAAAUUUCUGGUAGAACAUUCUUGAUUGAUCUAAUUUGUUUGCCUUUGAGCCAAAUUGAUGUUAUUCUGGAGACAAAGGUUUCCAUGUGUGACCUCCCUGUUGUCAGAGAGUUUCCUGAAUUGUUCCCUGAGGAUAUAUCCAAUUUACCACCCAGGAGAGAGAUAGAGUUUUCCAUAGACCUGAUACCUAGUGCUGGGCCCAUAUCUAUAGCCCUUUAUAGGAUGUCUCCUAAAGAGUUAGUCGAGCGUAAGAAACAGUUAGAGGAGUUGUUGGAGAAGCAGCUUAUAAGACCCAGUGUAUCUCCAUGGGGAGCACCAGUGUUGUUAGUGAUGAAGAAAGAUGGGACCAUGAGGUUGUGUGUAGACUACCGCCAGUUGAAUAAGGUGACGAUUAAGAAUAAGUACCCUUUGCCUAGAAUAGACGACCUUAUGGACUAG